UAAAUGCAAGCGAUCAAAAACCGUGUAUUGAAUUUGCAAUUGCUGUGCACGUUGACUUCGGAGUCCCGAAGCCGGAUCCGGGCCACGUUUUACUCGGAAGUAAGCCCCACCCCCGUGCUCCACGGCGCUUCCUUCUUUCCAGGAAAACCAAAGGUCUAUCAAGGUGUCCGAGUCAAGAUUACAGUGAAGGAGCUUCUGCAGCAGAGAAGAGCCAAGCAGGCUGUGGCAGAUGAAGCUGUUUCCGGAGAAGGCAGUGGCAAAAAUGUCCAGUUCACGGAGUCAUUCUCCCCUCCCUGUGCAGCCCCUUACGUAGACACGGAACUUGCCUCUUCUUCGUCGGGCUGCGUACAACCCUGGCAGUUCCAAAACUGCACUGCCUGCGAGGAGAUCCCCAGUUACUUGGAGCAGCUGGUUGAUUCCUGCCUUCAAACUGAGCUACCUUUGGAUGCUACUUUGGGGACUACCCAGGGCAACAUGCCUUGCUCGACCGACAGCUUCCAACUAGACCCUCCCUACCUCAACCAAAGCCUGGGUCCCGGAUCCCCGGAUUCCUCUGAUCCCUCCAGCUCAUUUGAUUACAGCUACUCUCCACCGCAGCCUCCUCCUUUCACCCCACUCACUUACAGCUCCCCUUCCCCUCUGGAUGCCAAGAGCUGCAUGUAUCCAUCGUCGGAAGGAAGCCCCUAUCACCAGCAGUCGCAAUUACAGUACAGCCAUGCCCCUUCUGCGUGCUGCUGUACGUCUUGCGGCUCCCAGCACUUGGACGCUUUCAGAGUACCGGAAUAUUUCCCCUACGCAAACACGGACUGCAGGGACUAUGCCCCUUCCGUCUCCGUAGCAGACGACUUCUUCCGGAGAGAUCGGAGCUGGGACACAUGCUACAGCUAAUGGGGGAACGUCCGGUGGGCCGCCGCUGUCCUAAACGCAGGAGAUCAGCAUAGACUCUGGUUUGCCAUUCUGGCUGGAGGAGGGUGCAAGCACUCCAGCUUCACAGAGUUCUUCAUCGGGUGUAAUGGAAAGGGGGUGACAUUAUUAGACUGUUUGUUCUCUGCGCUAAAACACACACACACCGGGGAAUCCAAAUUCUGCACGGAGAAAAAGUGAAUCCUGCCAGCGACUUAAUUGAUGUGAAUGUCACUUAUUUUGCCUAAUUUGCUUUGCCUCUGCUGGUUGUGGGGAGGAUCAAAGGGGCUAGGCAGGGCGCCGCCGUUGGACUCCUGGCCCACUGGGUAUCUUCUUCACCAUCAUGUCUUAUUUCAUCGAGCAUCACUUGUAUACUUGCAAGCACAUGUCUGUAAUCAUAAGUACUAGAAAC